CGCCUUGGUGGGCGGGUCUUCAAGCAAAUCUUACAAAAUGGCGACUGUUGUUGUUUUGCCGCAGGGUCAGUGAAUAUCAGCGUUUUUUCGCUAUAAAAUUUUGCAAUCACUUGCAGAAUUGCAGCCAUAAAGCCGCAGGCGUACCAAAGGUCGUCUCCGAGUGGACUGAAAUGAAAGGUAAAGAGCGGUCGCCACUGAAAAAACGCUCCCGGGCCUUGGACGACAUUCGAGACCGAGGAGGAUGCCACCCGAGCAGUAAGAAAAUGGGGUCUCUUUCCGCUUCGGGUGGAAGUAAUAAUGGAAAUAGCUCCGGUAAAAGCGACUCGACGAGGAGGAGUCUGCUCGGCGAGAAAAGGGACAGAGACUUCGACGGACACAGUCGGACUGGUAAUAACCACAAUUGUCAGCCCGGUGCCGUCAGUAAAAACCACAGCCUGAGCUUGUCCCUGGAUUUAGCCUCGGCGAGAAACACUUCUCGCGGGGAGCAGCGGCUCCAAGCGCCCGGUGCGGAGAGUGAGUACAAAACCCUCAAAAUCAGCGACCUCGGCACUCAGCUCAGCGACGAAGACGUAGAAGACGGACUUUUUCACGAAUUUAAGAAAUUCGGGGACGUGAGCGUCAAGCUGAGCCGCAGCAACGACGAACGGAUAGCCUUCGUGAACUUCAGGAAGCCGGAGGACGCCCGGGCUGCCAAACACGCCAGGGGGCGGCUGGUGCUCUACGACCGGCCGCUCAAGAUCGAAGCGGUGUACAUCAACCGGAGGAAAAGUCGUUCCCCGGUCGAGAGGGACUUGUACGGCGCGGCGCCGAGCCACAGACACUUGCAGAGGCCCCUCUCGCCCACCGGCCUCGGAUACCGAGAUUACCGACUACAGCAACUGGCCCUCGGACGGUUGCCCCCUCCUCCGCCGCCCCCCUUGCCCAGAGAACUCGAACGGGAACGGGAGUUCGCCCUGUUUGAGGCCAGAGCUCGCCCCGCGUUUAUUGCAGAGCGAGCAUCCUUCCGUGAGGAGGAUUUUCUUUCACCAGAGGUCGACCAAAGAGCUAAUCGGACUUUGUUUUUGGGCAACCUGGACACGUCUAUUACCGAAGUGGACCUGAGAAGAGCGUUUGACAUGUUCGGUGUCAUAACGGGGGUGGACAUCAAAAGACCCAACAGGGGUCAAACCAGCACGUACGGCUUUUUGAAAUUUGAGAACCUUGACAUGGCUCACCGUGCCAAGGUGAGCAUGUCUGGGAAAAUAGUGGGCAACAAUACCAUUAAGAUCGGCUACGGCAAGGCCACGCCCACUACGCGCCUGUGGGUGGGUGGACUUGGACCUUGGGUCCCCUUGGAUGCCCUUGCGAGAGAGUUUGAUCGCUUUGGCACAAUCAGGACCAUAGACUACAGGAAGGGGGACACCUGGGCCUACAUUCAGUAUGAAAGUUUGGAUGCCGCACAGGCAGCGUGCACACACAUGCGGGGCUUCCCUCUCGGCGGCCCAGAACGAAGACUUCGUGUUGACUUUGCUGACACGGAGCAUCGUUACCAACAGCAGUUCCUACAGCCUCUCCCGAUACCUCCCUUUGACAUGGUGGCAGAGUCGUUUGUCCACCGCGCCAUGCCAGAACCUCUGAGGGUCAGAGAUCGGACUCCCCCGGCGAUACACUUCAGAGAUAGAGAGCUCUUCCCUGGCGGCGAAUGGCCCAACCCGUCUAUCCGUGAGCGGGUACGGGCCUCCCCCUUUGACCCCCUGGAGCACUUGGAACGUGAUCGACGGGUGCGAGAGCACUGGUCUUUGGAGCGAGAGCUGCAGGGGCGAGAGCCUCCUCGCAAGCGGCGCUUACUGGAAGACGGGCGCCAUCUCGAUCACUCCCCUGAAAACUCAGAAAGGACAGUAAGACGUCGGCGCGCCUCCCCGGACGGCAGCCCCGGGGGGAGCAGCAGAGACGGACGCUUCAGCGACUCGGAGCGCCCUGUGCGUGGCGACAGACCCUCCCCUGUACGGGACCGCCACAGCAGCCUUGAGCGAGGCGGAACUGAACGCAGACUCAAAAGCCUCUCUGACAAGGCGCCGUCGAGCAGCAACAUUUCAGCAGCCGGAGAACGUAAACGCAAAACAGUCGACGGUGGCAAAGGCCCGGCGAAGAGAGAUCGCUCGGAGAGCUCGUCGAAAAGCGGACAGCAGUCCAAAUCGGACGGCAGCAAGCUGAGUUUGGCCUGGCACGGAAUGCUCCUCCUUAAGAACAGCAACUUCCCAGCCAACAUGCACCUGCUGCAAGGCGAUCACAGCGUUGCCAGCGACCUGCUCAUGGACGGGACCACGGGCAAGCAGGUGUGCGAACUAAAGAUCACCCAGCGUCUCCGCCUGGACCAGCCCAAGCUCGACGAGGUUUCCCGGCGCAUCAAAGUAGCCGGGCCCGGCGGCUACGCCAUCCUCAUGGCGCUUCCUGGCAGCACGGAGGAUUCGACGUCCGACACCGCCGUCUCAACUCAGCGGCCACUUCGCAACUUGGUGUCCUACCUCAACCAAAAACAAGCGGCAGGAGUCAUCAGCCUGCCUGUGGGAGGGAGCCGUGAUAAAGACGCCACAGGGGUUCUUCAUGCUUUCCCUCCCUGUGAUUUCUCCCAGCAGUUCCUUGAUUCCUCUGCCAAAGCUUUGGCCAAAAGUGAAGAGGACUACCUGGUCAUGAUUGUGGUGCGAGGAGCAUCUUAAAUCAAAGCAAAACACACUAAGUCAAAGAGUGUUAAAAAAAACAACAACAACAACAAACUGCUGUAUGUCAGUAACCAUUGCAUGCUGUGUGUUUUACAUUAUGGGCUACACUAGUGUGGUUCUUGAACGUAGUAUGUUGUCAGGGUAACAACUAAAACAAAAAACACUUGCCUUUCUGCUACCUAACAAAAAGGAUGUGUGUGCAUUUUGAAUUUUGGUAGGCAUGUAUCAUACCUCAAAGUCCAAAAUAACACAGCGAUUCAUUUACAAAUAUUUUAAAAUGGGUAGCAUUUGGUGAUUAAAGUAACCAGACGAUGUAAAAAAAAUAGUAUUUAUCCCAAUCUAAAGCAAUUAAAUAAAUGGACACAAUAACAUUUCUAAUUAAGCAAAAAAUGUGAACGACACAAAUAGAGGUUCACAUUGAAAAGUGUUAAGUUGGCAUAUUCUCAACAGUGUUCAGUUAUUCUGACCCGUAACUCACAUAUUGUUAUUGUGUCUACACGUGAAAUGGACUUUAUCAUUGUUGCUCCACACUGAUGGAUGUGUGCAUGUUCUAUACUUCAAAGUUCCAUGUACAACCAAAUACAGUUCAUCAUUUGGUAAAGUGUUUUAACAAAGCACCUAACUUGGUUCCAAGCUCAAACAUGCCACAACUCCCCUCAACAAAUGUCCUUUAUUAACGUUUAACGCUUACAUUUAUUUUUAAUAAGCAGAAGGGCGCAGAGUUGGGACAUGUUUGAACUUCCUAUUUGUAAUGUGAGGGUCUUUCUAGUUCCAACUAUACAGCUCUUAUAUGUUUCAGCUACAUUGUAAACUUAACUGGUGUUGGAGUCCAUUCACGUGAUUAUUAAAGGUCUGGUACACAUUUUUAAUGUGCAAUUUCAAUGUUUCAAAGUCAGCUGUGGCAGGUACUGUAAAUGGACUGGUCAAAACCAUAUGCACCAUCUAAAAAGAUAUUUCAGCAUUUAUGAAGUAUUGCCAUGUAUUAUGAUUGACACUCAGAUACGUAUUCAGUUUUGUCAUUGCACAUGUUUCAAACUGCACUGCAUUAUAAAUAAAUAAAAAAAUAAAGAUGGGCAAUUAUUCAAAAACAUCUUAACAGGAUGCAGUGCAGUUUGACACCGCUUCCCAACUACAAGGUAGUGUUAAUUUUGUUGACUAAAAAUGUUCAUCUUGAUUAUCAUCAACAACCUAUUUUCCCCUGACUAAAACGGGCCUGGUGAAUUUGGUUUGUUAAAAGCUCUGCAAUAUCCUUAAAGUGGUUUCAAGACAACUUCAAAGAUGCGUACACUUUGUAUUUUAGUCAACAAAAUUGACUAAAAUGUUGAGGAAUUUAGUCGAAUAAAAGUAAAUCAAUAUAGAUAAAUAAAAAUGACAAAGUAAAAACUACAUUUUCAAAAGACUGUGAUUAAAACAGCUAAAUUAACACUGUUGACGAUAACUAAGACAAACAUUUUUAGUCAACAAUUUUAACACCGCUGCAACGUAGUUUAAUAAUUCAAAACUAUACAAAAUAUUUGUAUAUUGCUGGUCUUCUUAGAUUGUGCACGUGGUCCCACUUUACUUUAGAAAUUUACAAUAACACAACAUAGUGAUGAUGCAAAUACUGACCUGUUUUCACAUCAUGCUUUAUUUUGUGCAUCCUUUUUAUAGAAAUGGCUGUCAUGUGUAAUCUAUAAACAUCUACAGUUGACAUGGAUAAAACAAACAGAAAAAAAAUAAUCGUAGAACAUUUGUUUCGAUAUUUUGACUAAGUUUGUUUGAUUUAUUGCUCUGAAAGUUUAAAAGGUCCUUAAGAAUUCAAAAGCAGUAUCAGAAAGAUCCAAACCUGAUGUGUGUUCAGUUAGUAGGUCUGUCAUUUUAAUAUUUUAACUACCUAAUGCUAAAAUCUGCUUUUUUUAAUUUUUAUUUUGAAGUCUAUUCGUUAUGCUUGAUUUCAGCCAAGGCCUGCCGAUGACAGCAUUGUUGUAUGUGUGACGUCAUCACUUUGUCAACAUGCGAGGACUUGAUGUUUGCUCACACUUUGUGACGACGACAUGAUGGUGAGUCCACACCGGUGCGGCGGCUUCAUUCGAGCUGUGUUUGAAAAGUGGGCAAAUUGUACACGUUGAUGUCACGCGGGAAAAAGGAAAGCCCGCGACGAGCUGUUCACGUACCUGCAAGUGCAUCUGGGCACUUAAUGUGACCGAUUGUCAAUAAAUUGUUCAUUUGAAGGGAAACCUGUUUCUUCGAUGGAAGUGAAUUGGAGAAACAAAAAAAAACGGCCGUGCCUUGUUGUGUUUCCCAGGAGUCGCGAAUCGUUGUUGACGCGCAGGGGGGGAAAGAAGGGAGACGACUUCCUGUUUGUUAGUUGCAGCGAGGAGACAAGACCCCUCUUUGCACUGAGGGCCACACUUCACACGUGGCACGCGGAGGAGCCCCGGCCUCCUUUCUUUCUUGUGACAGGAGGAGCACCUUGUCACCUUCUGUGGGCGGUUGUCACAGGUGUGGGUCCAGGAAGUCCACACGUGGCCCCUCUGAAGUAUCCAUGUGUUAUAGGAAUAUUAACCUCCGCUGACGAAGAAGCUCUUGUCAUCCAUUCUCAUCCGAGUUUCUGCAUGGAGGUCAAAUAUGAGCAAGCCCUUUUUUUGGGGGAGGAAUCCACACCAAGGACACCUCCUUGCUCGGAGGAGUUUGCUCUGCAAACACACUUUUUUAUGUUUAUGCAGGAAAUACCUCCCCCCCCCCAAUCCAACAUUUCCCAUUGCCAUCCAUCUUAGUAGAAUUCAUGUGCCGAGGAGGGGCCGGUCUUGAGGAGCGUGGAGCACCACAGCUUGCAGUCAGGCAACACAACACUCCACUUCCACACCGCCACUUGGCACCAGGAGUCGAACCAGCGGAGGGGUGAGUAAGGAGGACGGCGCUGCCUGCUGGUUUUGUAUCACUAGACCGGGCAGCUGUGGUGAGUACGACUGUGAUGCAUCAAUGGAUGGUUAUUUGCGUAAAACACAAUUCUCUUCCUGCUUUCAAAGUACACACCCAAUUAUUAGUACACACACUGCACAAUCUAAUUAGAUACACACUAUAGUGCCCAGGUUCACAAUAUUGUGUACUUUGCAGUGGGGUAGGUAUGUGAUGCAUCAUACUGACAACUGUUUUGUGUUGCACAUAUCACUCAAAAUAUGCCACUAGAACAAUAGACUCAUUGUAUGAUUAAUAUCUUAGAGCAGAGGUGUCAAACUCAUUUUAGAUCGGGGGCCACAUGGAGAAAAAUCUACUCCCAAGUGGGCCAGUCUGGUAAAAUCACGGCACAAUAACUUAAAAAUAAAGACAACUUCAGAUUGUUUUCUUUGUUUAAAAAUUGAACAAGCACAUUCUGAAAAUGUACAAAUCAUAAUGUUGUUGUUUUUUUUUUUACACUUACAUGUUGCGGUCGAUAGUAUUCUUUCUUUAUUUGUCGUUAUUUAUACUUUCUGAAUAAAUUAUGUGAUAAUGUUCAUCAGUCAACUCAUUGGUGUUAAUUUUCAAUCUAUCAAGAUAAAACAAUUAUAUCAAAUUUAUAAUUACAGUAGGUUAUGUAUGUAGUUUGCUCAAUUUCCUCGACUGGUGCCCUAACAUGUGGUUUAUAUAUAUUUUUUUACAUAUGUAGCAUCAUCUACAAAGAUACAAAUAAUUGCUAUUGGGACAUCUAAUGAACACAUUUAGAACAACAGUUUCUUUCAUUCCAAAAUUUUGGCUCAUUUUCAUACUUGGCAAACUCAUCCCGCAAAACCUGUUUGCGGGCCUGAUCCGGCCCGCGGGCCGUACGUUUGACACCCCUGUCUUAGAGUAUCAGUCGAAACAAUCCAAAUUAGGUAUAAUUCUGUCGUGUCUUUGUCAAGUCACUCAAAUAUGUCAGUCUUCCACUGAUCUGAUGCAAGUGGGACACGUGCACGGUAAAGUGAUCUUCACUAGGCCUUUACAACUGCACUCUUUUUAGAAAGACUGUCAUGAGAUAAGGAACAUAUUUUAAACAAGGGGUGUCCUAACUUUUUCCGGUGAAGGCCAAUGCAAUGAAGAUCAAUAUAUGCCAAACUGUCUGGACAAAACAUCCACAUUUUAGCUUUACGGGGUGGGUAACAAAGCAAAUUUGUGUAUUAUUUCAUCCAAUCUUCUUUUUAAAGUUAAAGUCCCAACGAUAGUCACACUCACACUAGGUGUGGUGAAAUUGUCCUCUACAUUUGACCCAUCCCCAUGUUCACCCCCUGGGAGGUGAGGGGAGCAGUGAGCAGCAGCGGUGGCCACGCUCGGGAAUCGUUUUGGUGAUUUAACACCCAAUUACAACUCUUGAUGCUGAGUGCCAAGCAGGGAGGCAAUUGGUCCUAUUUUUAUAGUCUUUGGUAUGACUCGGCCGGGGUUUGAACUCACAACCUUCCAGUCUCAGAGCGGAAACUAACCACAAGGGCACUGAGCAGGUCAGUUUUUAUUCUUAUUAUUUUUACUAAUAUUAUUAAAACCUCUUCAAUGGCUUGAGCUCGCUCGGAAACUUACCAUAUAUUGCAAGAAAUGUGUACAUGUUCAUCAUGACAGGACACCACAAAUCACAGGUAUUAAACCCAAGGCCUGAGGGCCAAAUGUGGCCCAAGAGGCUUGAAAUAUCGUACGUCAACAUAGCACUUUCUGGCUCAAUACAUUUGCUCUUUAAAUUUUGUCAGAAAACAAAAUACUGAAUGCAAUUGCAUAUCUUAUAAACAUUAUUAUUAGUAUCUGAUCAUGCAACAAAAUAUUUAUUUUAGUAAUCAGAAAUAAAUACUUAAAUAUCUGCUUGCCGUCUAGACCAGUGGUUCUUAACCUGGGUUCGGCGAGUCGGGCUAUGGGGUUCGGCGGAGGUCAAGACACACCCGACUCAUCGUGUAAAUAAAAACUUCUCCCUAUCGGCGUAUUACGGAUACGGCAACAGCAGAAGUCAGACUGAUUUGCAGGUGUGUAAUUUGUUGUGAGUUUAUGCACUGUGUUGGUGUUGUUCUUUGAACAAGGUGAUGUUCAUGCACAGUUCAUUUUGUGCACCAGUAAUAAAACAUGGUAACACUUUAGUAUGGGGAACAUAUUGACCAUUAAUUAGUUUCUUAAUAACAUGCAAAUUAGUUACAUAUUGGCUCUUAACUAGUCAUUAUUAAGUACAUAUUAAUGCCUUAUUCGGCAUGGCCUUAUUAUAACCCCAACCCUCUAACCCUAACCCUAACCAAAUAACUCUAAAUUAAGUCUUUGUUACUUAGAAUAUGUUCCCCAUACUAACGUGUUACCAAAAACAUAUAACUUGUCUUGAAUUUGAAAAAAAAACAUUUGAUUUUUCACUAAAGAAGGGUUUGGUGAAUGUGCAUAUGAAACUGGUGGGGUUCGGUACCUCCAACAAGGUUAAG